AUGAAGAUAACCGGAGGACUAACACGAGGCCGAGGAAUGGGUGAGACUGAGCGUAUACAGUGGUUGCUGUCUAUGCCUGCUUGUAUUGAUGUAAACAGUGCCAUGCAGGAGUUCACUGAUACAAAUUUUGUCACAAGUGAUCAACACAAAGACAUGACAGAUGCUAGGCUAAAGCGAGAUGACAAAGGCACCAAGCAACUUUUAGGGUUCAUACAAAAUCGAAACCCAUUUAGUCCUAAUGUAAGUCUUCGCAACAUUGUCUCUGGUAUUACUGCUGAUAAUACUGUGAAUGCUGAUGAUGCCACGGAUGAUGCCUCAGAAGAUGUGAAAUCAAUGGCUUGUUGUAAUGCCCUGGAUUAUACUUUGAGAAGAAAACAGGUUGACACUACGUGCCAAAAGUUAUCAGCUAGUGUUGAUGGUGAACCAAUCCAUGUGGAUCCUCAGUUGCUCUUCCAACGUUUAGUGACAGCUGCACGUGGUGUUACUGAACAUGUUGGGAACAUCUUCAAAUAUGAACUUUGUACUCUCCCAUCUUCUAUGUUUGAAGCAUUUGGGCUUCUUAGACAGGCUAAUAAAUCUGCUCUUGCUGCAGCAAUCUAA